CCCUCCAGUUUACGGAAAUCCGGUUCAGCUUAGCGAGUUAGCUGGUUAUCGGGUUUCAGGCUACUUUGGCUUAUGGGUGCGUUAUAAAAUGGGGAAAUAACCACCUAAUAUAAUCGUCUGAAGCAAAGUGUAACCUGUAACACAAGCUCAACAUGGAGGCAAACGGCGGCGAUGCGGAAAUAAAAUCCGGAGCUGACGAAGGGAAUCUGAAGAACCAGGAUCUGAGUUUUCUUCAAGCAACUGUUUCCACUUUCCUUUCUCACUAUGGAUGGUUCGUUUUGGUCCUGUGUGUGGGAGUUUACUUCCUCAUCCAGUAUCUGAGUAAGAAGCGCCCCAGCCUGAACCAGAGCUCAGCUUCAGCAGUCACUCAAGACCCGUCGUCCGUGGUGAAGCGUCAGGAGGCUCUGGAGGCGUCGCGCCGAAAGAUGCAAGAAGAGCUUGAUGCCAAAGCUGCAGAGUUUAAAGAGAAACAGCAGAGACUUGAGGAGGAGAAAAGACGACAGAAAAUCGAGCAGUGGGAAAGCAUGAAGGAAGGGAAGAGUUAUAAAGGAAACACCCGACUUAGUCAAAACAACGAAGAGGCAUCGACUUCCACCACAGUGCUGAAGCCAAAGACGGACAAAAAGUCUCUUCGGAGCAGCGGUUAUAAUCCACUGACCGGUGAUGGAGGAGGGACCUGCUCAUGGAGACCAGGCAGAAGAGGGCCUUCAGCUGGAGGAUGAGGUUAAAGGAGGUCAGAGGGACAUAACUCUGGUCACCUCUGACCCUUCAGGAACAAGAACACAACGAGCAACUGCCUGAAACCGUCUGCACUCAUCAUGGAUCAGUAAUAUUGAUUAAUAUGGAUCGUUUAUUUCAUAAAAAGGAAGAUUCUUUUCACUCAUCAAAUACAUUUUUUUAAGCAGCAUUUAGAUUAUAUAUAAUUUCUCUCAGACUUUCUAAAGGUUUUCAAAUCUUAGUUACAUCAAAGAGGAUUCAUGAAUAUGUUAAAGUUUUAAUAUGCGUUUUCUUGCUUGCAGUAAUCAUCAGUCUUUUCGAAUACGUGCAUAGUGGCACUUUGUAGGAUCUAUCCAUGCGAGAGUGACGGUUUCUAAUGACGCCUCCUCACUAAAGGUACUCAGUCCAGUGGGGUUGGCUGAUGAUUUUCAGUUGUGAGUGUGUGAUAUACACCAAUACAUCAAAACAAUAAAUUCUGUUCUGUAAAUCAAACAUUUGGACACACUAGAUUGAAUAUGUAUUUCCUGUCUUAAGGCAUUUGUAUUCAUAAUGUUUUGAAUGUAGUGCAUUUCCUUGGUCACUGCAUACUCCCAUAGGUCAUUUCGUAGUAAUAAUGUCUUCAUUAAUAUUCUACUUUAGGCGUGGCUAGUAGAAAUUGAAGAAAACCCUUCCAUUAUCAGGUGUGUCCAAACCUUUUGGCUAUUUUUUUUUAUUUUUAACUUGCCAAACAGUUCUUUUAAUCACGUGGCCUCAUAGAAGAAAUAAAUCUUGUAAUUGUGAGUGCAACAUUUCUUAGACUACCAUGAAAUGUCUUUGUUGUACUUGUAAACUUUUCAUGAUUAAAAAUGCUUUUCUUCUCA